UGUUUCCUGCAAUGUUUCUGGUCUUGUUUAAUGGUUCUUGUCUUUUGCUCCUGAGCACUCCUGCAUUCUGUGCCUGCCAAGCUAAGGAACGUCUGCCAAUCUCCUGGUUACCAUCCUUUGUUUCUUUAUUCAGUAAUCUGAGACUUGUAUUUGCUCUGCUACUGUGAACACUCUGAAAUCUGAAAUAGUCUGCAAUAAUCUCAAUUUGAGCAUAGUCUGGAUUCUCAGUGUUUCUGCAUUACCAAGAUAGACUGCAAAGUUAUCUGCAUUUCUAAGUGUUUCUGCGUUCCCCUGUCACUGUACCCUCCUUCAGAAAACAUCCUUUGAAUAUAUUACUACAUUCUGUGAUUUCAUGCUGGACAGGAGUUCAUAGCAAAAUUUAGUGAAAGUGGUGAUUAUGUUGCAGUCAGGGGCGGAUUAAAGGAGGGGCUAUAGGGGCGAUUUUCCCUGGGACCCCCCACACAUUGUCCCACCAAAUCGUCUGUCUAGGAGCUACAGUGCAGUGGUGCACAGAAAGUCUCACAGAAAGCCAAAUACCACAAGACACUCACUGCCACAGAGCCACCCGCAGGCCACGAGAAAGCUCAGGUGCAGUGGCUUGGAUUGUCCAGGCGGGUUCCCUGGACCCUUAUUCACUGGAGCCUGCUGUUAUGCCAGUGACCUCCCUCAGUAGCGCUGAGCGGUGCCAGACUGUCCAUCACUUGAAGACAGAGAGGACGCCUCUGCAAAGUCAUCAGAAGCCGACCAAGACUCACUGGUAAAAGUCCUAAACACAACAAAUUUCGAUCGGUCAACAAUGAAUUCAUCGGUUAUCUACAGCGAUUUCACGUCUAACUCCAACAACAGAGCAGCGGAGUUUCUGAGAAUAAUCUUUGAGAUAUUGACCGUGAUGUUCUUCCUCCUCUUCCUCUACUUCCUGUCGCUCAUGCUCCAUGUCUUCUUCACCACCGCUCAUGUCCGUGACAACGCCCGAUACAUCCUGUUUAUACACAUGCUAAUUAAUGACACGUUAUAUCUUGCUGCCGGACUUACUCUUUUUAUGUUAUCGAUGUUCUUGGUAUACAUCCCUGUGCCCGUUUGCUAUGUCAUAGUCACUCUGGCAUCAGUGACAUUUAGGAUUACACCCUACAAUUUGCUGGCCAUGGCCGUGGAACGUUACGUAGCCAUUUGUUUCCCUCUGAGACAUGUGACACUUUGUACGUCACAGAGAACUAAUUAUAUCAUUACCUCCAUAUGGGUAAUUGGUCUAAUACCAAAUAUAGCCGAUUUCAUUGUCCUGAGAUCCUCAGUGGAAAAUAGUUUUUUUUCUCAGAAAGUUAUAUGUUUGCAGGCUACAGUAACACUAAAAAGUGUUCAAAUUUCCAUAUCAAGUAACAUCCUCAUCAUUAGCCUAAUUCUGGUCGGAUUAAUCAUUGUCUUCACGUAUAUUAGAGUGAUGCUCAUCGCGAGGAGAAUGAACUCAGGAAGUUCUGCCUCCAAAGCUGGUAAAACCAUAAUGCUCCACGCGUUUCACUUUCUGCUGUGUAUAGUAUCCUUACUUUCCCCAAUUACAGACUCUUAUCUCAGAAGAUAUAGUAACGUCUUACCCAUUGUCGACUUUCUCUUUCUUUCAUGUCUACCCAGAUGCCUGAGUCCUUUAAUUUAUGGAAUACGAGACAAUGUGUUUCGUAAAAGAAUAAAACAGUUCUGCUUGACAAACCUUAAGGAUUGAUUGUUCAAUGACAUUGGGUUGAUGUCUAUCGAAAUGUGUUUCUAAAAUGAACAUGAUACAAAAAUCCAUUCACUUGUUGUAAGUAGAUAUCUUCUGUGUAGUUGUCUACAAAUAUUCCUGAAAGUGGAGUUAAUAAA